ACCGAGAGAGCGGCCAAAAAGUGUUGACGUGUUUUCUUUUGCCUCAAAUGUCAGAUCACUCUCGAAAUUCUCCCAAAAGUGUUGUUUCGCCCAAUGAUUCCAAUAAUGACAACAAUUUGUUGGCCGACAGACAGAUGAUUAAGUUUUCUAACGAUCCGUCGGAUUUGAAUGGCGUCGACGACGAUCUCGAUGUGCGGAUUACAACCAAAUUGAUUAGAGCGCCCACUCCUUAUCCCAAGGAACUGAAAGCACACGCCCGACACGCCCGCAAUCUGGCGCUUAAGCAAAAGGACAUCAAUAACACCUCCACUUCCCAGAAGUCCGACAAUGAUAUGAUUGUUGCAACCAAUGAGAGCGAACCCAUUAGCCCUGAAAGCGACCAAAUGUCUAGUCAUUCACAAGUAAAAGAAGCAAAACUAUCGAAAUCUCCUUCAAAUAUAAGACACAUUCCCAACAGUCAACCACCGAAGAGGCCGACAACGCUUCCCAUCAGUUCAGCAUUCAAUGUCCCAAACGUUGAGAAAUCUCCUAAAAGUGCUCUCGAUACGGAUCACUUGGAAUUAGUGGCUUCGAAAAUAUCGAAACUUAUCAAAUCUCAAGACAAAGAAGUGUUUGAUUCCAAUGAGAAACCAAGU